UCGGAGUGGUGGUAGAUGGAGGAAUGGUUGGGUUGAAGUAUCAAAACAAGAGACAGACCAUUUCGUAUAGCGGUAGUUGUCAUCAAACCCAUUUUUGUGCCUAGUUUCAACGCAACAACAAGAACGAGACCAUGUCUGUAUAUUUGGUGUGCAUUACCACUGGCGGGGGUAUUCCAAUUCUCAGUCGCAAGCAUGGGGACAUCAAAUCAUUACCAUUUCCGCUCUUGGCUUCGCUGAAUGGUGUGGCUUUAUUUGGUGAAUCCCAUGACAUUAAUCUAAUAUCAACCUCGACCAGAGAUUGUCGGAUUGUUUGGCGGGAUUUCCACAAUAGUAUCCGGUUAAUUGUGGCAGUGUCAAAUGAUACCAUCUCUGAGGUUCAUAUCCACAAACUGUUGGACCUAAUCUUCCAAUCCAUGGUAUUGACCGUGGGCCUUAAUGACUUAGUUGGACAACGUAAUGUGGAGAGAACCAAGCGAGAUCUCCGGGCGAGUUACUUCAUCAUCGAUCGAUUGAUCAGUCUCAUGUCUCCGAGUGAAAGUUACACCAAUUUUGGAGAUCUCGUGGGUGCCGCGGAUUGUGUUGUAUUUCCAGAAUCUCAUUUAAUCCAAAACUAUCUUGAAAGCUAUGUUGAAAGCGUGGACUCGACAUACGGUUGUGUCAUGGUUGACGGUCGAAUCGCGUGUGCCACCAAGAACUGGUGGUCACUUCAUCCCGACGAGAUCAACUUACUUUCCCUGUCAGUUCUCACGGACAAUUGGUCCACUUUAAGAGAUGUGCCCAUUUUCUUACCUGUCAAAAGUCCAACAGUACCGUUUCGGUUUAUCGUGUGCCAAUUGCUGGCCAACGUGACCGUUUGUUCCUUGUGUGGACCAGCCCCACAAUUGCCGGCUAUUGAAGGGAUGAUCCAGAAAAAUUGGAAAAGCACGCACAAUUUACUCUCAUCUUUGGCUUCCAUUGUUCCUCGGGGUUUUCCUUCUGUUCCAAUUGAUUCAAAUAUCUUGGGGCUGAUAUUGGUGAAUUUGGACAAUAAACGCGUUAUAAGCUCUCUGCAACCCAUUAUAACAGAUCCAAUGGCAAAAGAUCCUCUUGGACCAACAACAAGAAACAUGCCCAAUGCUCGAAAGUUUGAUAUUCUACGAACUUUUUAUCGGAACACGGUAGGACCGAUCUUCCCCGACCAUUUUGUUCCAACGCCACAUGCCGCUGAUGCCAAAGGAGAUUUCCCGAGCAUGAAUGUCUCACAUGCAGUAUUAAAACAUCCCGUCGGUGAGACCUACCAAUGUUCAGAAUUCCACAAAUGUUACGCAUUACAGCAUCGGCAAUACCAAUUGUUUCUCCUUUUCACCUCCAACAUACCGAAUCAUUUCAUGAGGAACUCGGCUCAUCGAACGCUUCAGUUGUUUCUCAGCGACAAGACUUUCCAAAUCAUACGAUGAAAGCGAUCUCUCCGUUCGUUCAAUGUUUUCCUUUUUUUUUGUUCUGAAUGGUUUCGUUUUUGUAUGAAAAGAAUGUUGCAAUUUUCAAUCCAACCAUCAGAAUGUCACUAUGGUUUAGAUGUUCGUCCGAGUUAAACACGCCAUCUCGGCUGGUUUUCAUCAUCAGUGCAAAAAAAAUGUCAUCCUCGAUUAAAUAUUCAAAUGCUCAACUCAAAAUCUCAGUAAUGAGCACGACCCAAAUAUGAGCUCAUCCAGAGAACUGGUUCUAAAGGGAAAUCUUUUAGGCCUUGGAUCUUAUUUUAAACCAUCGAAAUUGAGCAGGUGUUUCAAGAUACCAUUUCCAGUUUUACAUGUGAUCAAAUGAUACUUUGGAGAGUAACGGA